AAUCUCACCACACUUACCAUUUCGUGUUUGCCGUCCGACCGACUAAGAGAAAUUCUAGGGUUUUCUUAACACCUUCCUCCUCCGGAACACCUCCGGCGACGCGUCGAUCGAAACGGGAGUAGCAGGAAGAUGGGAGGGAAUAAGGGGCCAUCGGAUGGAUUGGGGCGUGCUCUUAUCAAGAAACACAAACGGAUGGUGCGGGAGUCCAAGGAGAAGGGCCUCGCCCUCCACCUCCAGCAGCGGCGUGUUCUCGAGUCCGUCAUCGACGUCAGCGACAUAGACGCCAUCCUCGAGAAGGCCGCGGAGGCAGAUCGCAUCUACUCCUUCGAUAAUCCCUCCGCCAAUCUCCUCAUCAAUCUGGACCCUAGUUCUGACAUGGAUGGCAUGACGGAGGAGGAGAAGCGGAAGCUGCGGAAAGAGGAGGAAGCCUUGCACGCUAGGAGUCUUCGGGUUCCUCGCAGGCCACCAUGGAGUGCUCAUAUGUCAAUUGAGGAGCUUGAUGCUAAUGAAAAACAGGCUUUUCUGGAGUGGCGGAGAAAUCUUGCCAGGCUAGAAGAGAAUGGGAAACUUGUACUUACUCCUUUUGAGAAAAACCUGGACAUCUGGAGACAACUAUGGAGAGUUCUUGAAAGAAGUGAUCUGCUAGUCAUGGUGGUUGAUGCUCGGGAUCCACUAUUUUAUCGGUGUCCAGACCUUGAGGAAUAUGCACGGGAGCUGGAUGAGCACAAGAAAACACUGUUGCUUGUCAAUAAAGCAGAUCUUCUACCAAUCAGUAUAAGAUAUCGGUGGGCAGAAUACUUUCAUCGCCAUGGGAUUCUCUUUGUAUUUUGGUCUGCUAAAGCUGCUUCUGCUGCAUUAGACGGCAAACUAUUUGUGGGUCAAUUAAGAGAAGAGAAAGUGCUGAAAGAUCCCAUCCAGGCGGAGUUGGAUACAAAAAUAUAUGGCAGGGAAGAGCUUUUGUCUCGUUUGCAGUCUGAAGCAGAGGCUAUAAGAGCAUAUAGGUCCAAAAACCAUGAAGCUCCUGAAGGCAGAUAUUCGGAAACUAGUUCUAUGAAUCCCAUAUCUAAGCAAGUUAUUGUGGGAUUUGUUGGCUAUCCAAAUGUUGGAAAAAGCUCUACGAUAAAUGCUUUGGUUGGACAAAAGCGCACCGGGGUUACCUCUACCCCUGGUAAAACGAAGCAUUUCCAGACAUUAAUCAUCUCAGAUGAGCUUAUGCUCUGUGACUGCCCUGGUCUGGUGUUUCCUUCUUUUUCCAGUUCGAGGUAUGAAAUGAUAGCAUCAGGAGUUCUUCCCAUUGAUCGGAUGACUGAACACCGAGAAGCAGUGCAAGUUGUGGCUAACAGAGUUCCUAGAAAUGUCAUUGAAAGCACAUACAACAUCACCUUGCCAAAGCCAAAGGCAUAUGAGCAAAAAUCAAGGCCACCCUUGUCUCCUGAGUUGCUCAGAGCAUAUUGCACAUCUCGUGGCUAUUUUACCUCAAGUGGGUUGCCAGAUGAGACUAGAGCUGCACGAAUAAUCUUGAAAGAUUUUGUGGAUGGGAAACUUCCCCAUUAUGAAAUGCCACCUGGAGAAAAAGAAGAUAUAUUUAUGAAUAGAAUAGGUGACAUGGUCGAUCCAAAUUCUUCCUUAGACAAUGAUGAACCAAAUACUUCUGAUUUUGAAGCCAAGCGCAUGACUGUUGAAGAUGGUUUCAAACAACAUUCUCUAAGUCAUCUUCUGGAAGACCUUGAUUCAUUUGAGUUAAACAGUACAUCAACAUCUAAAAGCACAGCCUUUGUGAAAAGGAAAGAUUCGGCCUAACUACUAAGCACCAUAAGAAGCCUCAGAAAGUAAAAGAUCAUACCUGGAGGGUAGUGAAUCACGAUGACGUUUGAAUGCCUGUUGUUUGAAUGUUCCAAAAGGCAGCCGCUAACUUGGUAAAUAUUGGAGCCUGCAGUGGGUAGAAAUUAUGUUUCAGCUUCCUAAUGGAGAAGACUUAUUGUCAGCAAAUGUCACACACGAAUCAUUGAUAAAGUUUAUAUAAUGUGAUAUUGUGGCCUCCAGAUCAUUGUGACAAGGGAAGAAUCGAUGAGAAUAAGUCCCGUGACAUUAGACAGAAUACAGACGCUGGAAGUGACAAUCCAUAUGCAACAAGAGUUUGCAUGCGUCAAACAUCAAUAAGAUUAUGUUUUAUACUGCCUCCGUGUGGUGGAUUUAAUUCUCACCUACAUUGCCACAGAUCAUAAGAUGUAGAGCUAACUCUAUUAGAGAUGUAACUAUGCCUGUGAUUAUAGUUGUGUGUGGGUUUGCUAUUUAGUUUCACAUUUCAAAUUGCAAGCCUUAGCUAUUGCAAAUUGUACUAAUAUUAUUUCUGGCAAUUUGGUAAAGCAGUAGCUUUUACAUUCUUGUGCUUAUUUUGUUGGUAAAAUUUUUAUUUUACGUA